GCCGUGAGAGCAACCAACAAGUUAAGAAAGCGCAAAUAUUUACGCGCGACUAAGUCGAGGUUGUCGACGGAGCUCUCUCUGCUCUCAGACUGAGUAUGCGAGACGGAAUGCUAUCUGCAUAUUCAGCAGCAACAGACGAAGACGACACUGCUUUUCGUGAAUCGGAAGCCAACCAUCACCCUUCCUUUUAAAUGCCUUUUCUUUUCGUAUGAUUGAUUGAUUCAUCAAAGCCAGUCCACCGUGGGGAUAAAUCAUGAAGAAAAGAAAGAGAGAGAACGUUAACAUCGUCUGGAGCUUUGUCCUUGUGCUCUUCCUUCGCCGCCGCCGCCGCCUUUUCCCUCUCAUAUCAGCAUUCUCCGCCUGCAUACUCCUUGUCCUCUCCGGAAUCUCCCUUCUCUUUCCUCCUCUGUCUCACCAACAACGCAACUUCUUCCACCCUCGCCACUCUCCACUGCUUGAAAAUGGGAGAGUCGCGUUGGAAUCCAAAAUGGAAACAGAGACCGUGUUUCGCGUUCCGGCCGGUGGAGGGAGUUCGGGUCGAGAUUUGUGGAGUUCGAGGAUGUCAGCUUUCUACCAUGGAUGCAGUAAUUCCAGCGACAGAUUUCAAAAGUCUGAUGUCAAAACGCAUCCCAAUAGAUACUUGUUGAUUGCUACCAGUGGGGGCUUGAAUCAACAGAGAACUGGGAUCACAGAUGCUGUUGUUGCAGCUUAUAUUUUAAAUGCAACUCUUGUUGUUCCUAGACUGGAUCAGAAAUCAUACUGGAAGGAUUCCAGCAAUUUUACCGAAAUAUUUGAUGUGGACUGGUUCAUAUCAUUUCUUUCUAACGAUGUGAAAAUCAUCAAGCAACUUCCCACUAAGGGAGAGAAAGUCAUUACUCCAUAUAACAUGCGCGUCCCCAGGAAGUGCACUCCAAAGUGCUACCAGAAUCAUGUUUUACCAGCCCUCAAUAAAAAGCAUGCUGUUCAACUUACCAAGUUUGAUUACAGGCUUUCCAAUAUGUUAGACACAGAUUUGCAGAAGCUGAGGUGUAGGGUUAACUACCAUGGUUUGAGAUUCACUGAUCCUAUUCUUGGAAUGGGUAAAAAGUUGGCCAAGAGGAUGAGGAUGAAAAGCAAGCACUUUAUUGCCUUGCACUUGAGGUUCGAACCCGAUAUGCUUGCAUUCUCUGGAUGCUACUUUGGUGGAGGAGAAAAAGAAAGGGUCGAGCUUGCUGCAAUACGGAAGAGAUGGAAAACUUUACAUGCAAGCAACCCUGAUAAGGAACGUAGGCAUGGAAGGUGUCCACUGACGCCAGAAGAAAUUGGUAUAAUGUUGAGAGCAUUGGGUUUUGGGAGUGAUGUUCACAUGUAUGUGGCAUCAGGGGAAGUAUAUGGAGGUGAAGAGACUCUGGCACCACUGAAAGCGCUGUUCCCAAAUUUUCAUUCGAAGGAAACCAUAGCCAGCAAGGAGGAGUUGGCACCAUUUUCAUCGUUUUCAUCUCGCAUGGCCGCACUGGAUUACAUUGUUUGCGACGAAAGUGACGUAUUUGUGACUAAUAACAACGGGAAUAUGGCCAGAAUCUUGGCUGGACGCAGGAGAUAUUUUGGGCACAAACCAACUAUUCGUCCUAAUGCUAAAAAGUUGUACAAGUUGUUUCUGAACCAGAACAACAUGACGUGGGGAGAAUUUGCCUCCAGGGUACGAACUAAUCAGAUUGGCUUCAUGGGGGAGCCAAAUGAAGUGAGGCCAGGAAGAGGAGAGUUCCAUGAAAACCCAGCAGCCUGCAUCUGUGAGGAUUCUGAAGCAAAAUCCAAGGGAGGUCCAACUCCUCAAAGUCAACCUCAUGACGAGCAGUUAGCUGAGGAUGACCACGAGCAAGAUUGGUUAGAUAUGGACGACAGUGAGAAUGGAAGUAGCGCAUUAGGGAAUGUGUUGCAUAAUGGAACACAAGAAUUAGAAGAAUUAUUUUCUGACUAAAUGAUGGAGACUUCACCGUCGAAUGCUGCAUCGAAUUUUUAAAGUUCCUAUGACGCCUGAGGUUUUUUUUUUUCCUUCUUCCUUUCCCCUCAUGUUUGAGGGGGGCUUGGAGAGUUUGCAGUAUUUGAAAAGGGUUGUACAGAUUUGAGGAUCUGCUGCUGCAUUCGAGUAGAAGCUUCUUGGAUGAUAAGAGCCACUGGCAUUCAAGUAUGAUUCUGCCUUUUCCUUUGCUUUGAUGAUUCUUGCCCAAGGCAGGGGAAAAAACUUAUUAUGACUAGAGGGGCGUAUAAAGGGGGUAUUGGUAAAAGCAAUUGACGUUUUACUUUUCAGUUAGGGUUUUUUUGGUAGUUCUCUUUCAUUUUUUUAUAUAUUUAUUAUCUCUUCGAUCGAUUAUAUAUUUUCAUAUCCAGAAUAUGUUUUAUGGAAGCAGGAUAGUAGUUGUCAGAUGCAACAUUAGAAGCAAUGCAAAUAUAGAUUUUGAUUUCCUCUUCAA